GCUCUGCGUCAGGAUGAAGCUCCUCACUCUGCUCCUGCUGCUGGGCUUCACCUCACUGACCGGGUCAGAGGUCGUGCAGUCUUUUAAAAGUCAGUGUCGUCAGUUCUUUAUGCCAAAUCCACAUGAUCAAACUGAAGUCAUCACUCCAACUGUUCUAAAGGAACCUCGGUAUAGGCAGAUUUGUCAGCGCUGGAAAGGCCAGUACAGAUACGCCACUCUGUACGAUACGAAGAGCAGGAUCCCCGUCUACUCCGCUUACACGUUCUACCGUAAAGGCAGAAUUAAUCGAACUAAUGUCUGGAACAUUGAACCUCAGCUCGAUCUGCCAUUGACGCCUGAGAAUAGUAAUAUGGGGUCAAACUUUACAGCAGAGGAGACGUACAGGUUUAAAAAUCAGGCUCGGUCAGAAGACUAUCAAGGACGCAUGACUAGAGGCCAUGUUUUUCCAAACUGUUACACUGCUGAUCAGGACCAGGCAGAUUCCACCUUUACGCUCACUAACGCAGCACCACAGACUGCUGAGAGCAACAGAGAGUGGGCAAAGCAGGUGGAGGAACCGAUGCUCAAAGAGAUACAGACAAACUGCAUGCUAAAUAAAAACAACCCAGCUUACAUCGUGACUGGAGUCGUUCCAGGAGAGAAAUGGCUGCCAAUACAAAGAGAGAACAGAGACAUUGAACAGGGAGUUAACAUUCCCAGUCACUACUGGACUGCUUUCACUUGUGUUAAAGACAACAGACGAAUUUAUCGAACCUACAUCGCUCAGCAAAUAUACCCCCUAAAGAAUGGCUACUCCAAAUUUAUAAAACACAACAUGACUGUUGAUGAGCUGGAUAAGAAGCUCACUGAGCUGUAUAAGGAGUCUCUGCAGUAUAACCAGCAGUUCAGCGUGUUCAAGAACACAAGAUCUUAAUCUCAAAGUCUUAAUUUUCACUUUUAAAGUCUGUACUACCAACCCUUGUAAAAAGGAAGUAUACUUAAGAGCACUAAAUGUAUGUUCAAAUUGUGUAAAAAACACUGAAAGUACAUUUUUCUUUUCAUGUUCUUUAUUAAAAAAUACACAUUAAAUA